AAUGUGUCACGACUUUACAUCAUAUUAUUAUACAUCACGGGGGCUUUGAAUAGUGUGUUUGCCCUGCACAGAAACGACGAGUUCUAGAAAGCGAUUCGUCUUGGGAAGACCGAGUUUGGGACGCUCCCAGCUGCACGGAGCGGUUCAAUUAUACUCCUAGUGGCCCAGCAGGCGGCUACCAAGGCUUCAUGGCGCCUCAGGGCGGGGCUUUGAGGUCGGCCUGAGAUAUUGAGUAGGCUCACGGACGUGGAUGGCAAGCACUGCAGGGGCAUUUCCAGCUGUGCCCAUAAGAGUCGACGCACCAGUAGCAAACACUUCGUCACAGAAUUCGGUGGACAAAAGCACGCUUCGCGAGCAGCCGGGGGCGGGGGGCCCGGCUCCCGCCCCCACGAUAGCCAGCAGCGCCUCUGGUGACGACUUCGAUGCGGACUUUGAACUCCAGCUUCAGGGUACAACCGGGUCCGACUGGACUCCAGAGGAGAUAAACAUCCUUGAAUCCGGGCUUGCACAGUAUCCUGCGGACAAGUUCACGCCAGUGGAACGGUACAUCAAACUAGCAGCCAUCCUGCCCAGCAAAACUGCACGGGACGUCGCGCUCCGUGUCAAGGCAUGCGGGCUAGAUGAACGCAAGGGGCCGGGGCAGGAGUCGGGCGCGGCCGGCGGCGGUGCGGCCGCCAAGGGCGGGCGUAAAGGCGGCGGCGGGCGCGGCAGCGCCAAGGGCGGCGGCGGGGGCGGAGCCGGCGCAGCUGGGUCAGGCGGCGGCGGUAACGGCGCGGGCCUUGGUGAGGACUCUUCCUCGGGCAUUCCGGCGGCGCUGACACAGCUGAUGGAGCAAAACUACGGCAUCCUGACCCAGUUCAAAGCCAACAUGGCGGCUUUCAAAGUCAUGGAGAACACGGAGCUUCUCAUGCGCUAUCGGGACAACCUGCUGGGCAUACAGCAGCAGCUGGCCAGCAUCGGUGGCAUUAUGGGACAAAUGCCGCCGCUGCCCGUGACCCCCAACUUCGACCUCGCAAAUAAGUUCUUGCCGCCCGGCGUCAAGCCGCCGCCGGGCAGCACGCCGACAGCCCCGGUGGCACCCGCGCCGCCAGCCAUGCCCGCCGCACCGCCAGUGCUGCAGCCUCCGCCUCCGCCGCCGCCUCCGGCCAUGCCCAUGCCGGUGCCGGGGCAGAUGCCACCAGGCAUGGCGAGCUUGAUGGGCAUGGCGGCGCCGCCGGCGCCAACGCCGCACCCCCCGCCGAUGCCCGCGCCCGGGUCGACGCCCGUCGGGCCGCCAGGAGCCUCAGCGGCGGCCGCCGCAGCGGCUGCAGCGGCUGCGGCGGCCGCAGCCGCCGCUGCCAGCAUGCCUGGCAUGGCGGCGCCAACGGCAGCGGCGCCGAUUCCGGGGAUGUCCAUGCCCGGAGUGGUGGCGCCAGCGGUGGCACCAGCAGUGUCGCCAACGCCGCCGCCAGGGCCACCAGUGAUGCCCAUGAUGCCUCCUUUCUCUUUCAAUCCAGCGGCGGCAGCGGCGGCCGCCGCGGCCGCGGCGGCGGCCGGCAUGCCGCAGCCUCCAGGCAUGCCCGGCGCAAUGCCCGGCACGAUGGGCGUCAUGCCAUCGGGGAUGUCAAUGGACCCUUCGUCCUUCUUCGGCGCGGCGGGGAUGCCAGGAAUGCCGGGCAUGCCGGGCGUCAUGCCUCCGCAGAUGAUGGCGGGCGCGAUGAACCCGGCGGCGGCGGCGGCCGCUGCCGCCGCGGCAAUGGGCGGCAUGGGCCCAGGCGCACCUGGCCUGCCGCCCGGUUUUAACCCGUAUGCUGCGAUGGCGGCGGCGGCGGCGCCAGGCAUGAUGGGCAUGCCUGGCAUGCCGGGAGCGCCGCCGCCGCCGGGCGCGAUGGGCGCGCCGCCGGGCAUGCCUGACGGCGGUGCGGCAGCGGCCGCUGCCGCUGCUAUGGCAGCCGCUGCCGCGGCAGCGGCGCACCACCAUCACCAGCAGCAGCAACAGCAGGCGGCGGCGGUGGCGUCGAUGUCGCGGCAGGGGUCGGCGGUGCAGCCCAUGGCGAUGCCAGUGAUGCCGGUACCCGUCAAGCAGGAGACGGGGUAGCUAGCCGCUGCACCACUGCAGGGCAUACACCUUAAAGCAUGGCGCAUAAGGCGUUGAUGGAAUGGGAAGCCCUCCGUGCCAGUUUCAGACAAUGUGGUGCUGGUGGUGGCACGGGCAGUGGGCUUCGCGGGGGCAGCUACUAAUGAGGUGCUGGGAAAGAGCAUCAGAAGAUGCACGACAACUGCUGCCGGCAGACUGCGGCCAAACGUAUAGCGGGUAGCAAGCGGGUGAUCAGUUUUGCUCGAUGCUAGACGCUAGAUGCUCGGAGGAACGGUGGAUAGGGGCUGAAAUUCGGAUUGCGUUGCUGGGACCCCGUGGGCCGGGCACGCCGAUUCCUUUUAGGCAAGAAAGGAACGCACACAUCGCAGCAUGGGCGCUUGGACCAUGACCUCACCAGAGUCGAGUUGAAUUGUUCGCGACUGCACCGAUGACUGCGAUGGCACAGGCCGGCACCUUGCCGGACAUGUUUCGGAGCCAUGCACAUGCUUGGCGGUGCUACGCGCCACGGGGCUCACAGCAGCAACCAAGGACCGACAAGGACUGAUGGAUUAUGCUACAUGAUCUAUACCAGAGUGCCAGACGGUGUCGUUCCUUCAUGCGUCACGAAAGCAGACGCAGAAAACCAGGAGUGCAGCGCUUCCACAAACAAGGCAAGCCGCAACCUCGCAUGGUUGAGUGGUCGUGGGCUACAUAUGUUUGUGUUGUACAUGUGGGAGUUGGGAGUCAUCUCUUGCUGCGUGCCGAUUAUACACGAAGCAGCUAGCGCGGCUGGUUUCGAGGUUGGUGCCGUGGGCAGUGGACACGGCCGCUUUAGGUGAUCCCAAUGGUUGCGCGGUCUGCUUUGUUAAUGGCACUGGCCGGCAAGGCUACUGUAUUGGUACGUGCCUGAAUGGAUUUGCCGACCAGCCCGCACCUCCAAUCCAGCAUUUGCAGCGGUGGCAGAUGGUGCGUGAUGGCCGGUACCCCGGGGUGCGGCCCUGCUGGUACCCAUGCGCGGCCCAGGAGCAAGGCAAAGGAUGUAGCCAGGGAUCCUAGCUGUUUACACGCCCGGUUGUUUGUAUCAAGAUGAUAGGCACGCUGAUUUAGAGAGCUAGUGUUUCUUAGCCUGAAGAACGGAAGGCGGUUUGUCCUGCGAUGCCUUCUCAGUGGGUUUGGUAACGGGGUAUGAGAUAUCAGACAUGUGAUCGUUCAGAAUAGUUUUCUGGGGGGGAUGUGCAGUUGUUUACACACUGUAAGGAGAUGCGUUCUUAACGUCCAUGCGGGGGCUGGCUAGAGUUUAGGAGUGCAGGUUUUAAUAAGUUUUCUGGGCGGAUGUGCAGUUGUUUACACACUGUAAGGAGAUGCGUUAUGAUCGUCUGCGCGGAGUACAAGGGAAGAGACGGGAGGAGGGCGGGGAGAGAAGGGUGGCGAGGAAGGGACCCGGAAGUUCGCCGGCGUCGGCGCUGAGGAAGGGGGAGCGACCGGGGAGAAGGACGGCGCGGAGGGGCGUGGUGAAUGCCGGUUUGGACUUGGGAGCAUCAAUGCGCGGUAUCAGUGACGGGAGGGGACUGCGGGUGUGUGUGGAGUUUGUACGUGGGCACGCCAAAAACUGCUGACACACAGGCGCUUCCUCACACUCCGGUUGUGUUUGUCUCGCAAUUGC